GCUGACUUCCUUGCAUGGCUGCAGCCAAUAGGAAGCCUGCAUGUGACUCUGCUGUGUGCAAAAGUCAUUCCAGGACUGGAGUUGUCAGUAGCAGCGAAGAUUUCCCCCUACAGUGCAGAGAUCAUCAGGAAGGAUUCAGUGCGAUUUCAGCCCAUUCAAAAUGAACCGCAAAGAAUUGCAUGUGAAUCGCACAGGAAAAUGGAGUUCCGUUGUGAUCCAGCCCUAAAAGGGAGGUUUCACCAAUCAGUCACAGAGGAGGCACAAAGUUCACUGACUGCAGCUGUCCUGUGAGAGAGAGAAAGAACGUUCUGAGAGAAGAAAAGUAACUCAGGAUCUGUGAUCAGCUGUAAGAGAUCCUAUAUUUUAUAUAAAACCAUCAUGGCGUCCAGUAGGUUACGGGUGGCGGUGAUCGGCGCUGGAGGGGCUGGACUCUGUAGCGCCCGUCACAUCCUCUCCCGGCCUUUGACUUUCGAACCUCCCGUGGUGUUGGAGAUGACGGGACAAGUGGGGGGGACCUGGGUUUACACGGAAGAGGUGGAGAGCGGGGCGCACAUCCACUCCAGCAUGUACAGAGACCUGAGUACCAACCUCCCUAAAGAGAUCAUGGAGUUCCCUGAUUUUGCCUUUGACCCGUCCCUACCAUCCUUCAUCCACCACUCCGAAGUCUUGAAAUACCUGGAGGAUUAUACGGACAGGUUCUCCAUCCGACCCCACAUCAAGUUUAAUACCCGGGUGGUGUCGGUCACUCCUGUACUGGGGGAAGGGAAGAACUCCGAGAUUUCCUGGGAUGUGACCUUCCAAACUCAGGAAGACGGUGAUCCUGUGACAGAACGGUUUGAUGCCAUCAUGGUCUGUGUAGGACACUACUCCGAUCCAUUUGUGCCAGACAUUGAAGGGUUGGAGCAGUUUCAAGGUCAAGUGUUGCACAGUCAUUAUUAUCGCUACCCAGAGGUCUUCUCUUCCCAUUCAGUUGUCGUCCUGGGUGCAGGACCAUCUGGAAUUGAUAUUGCCCUAGAGCUGUCUCCAUAUGCUAAGCAUGUCAGUCUGAGCCACCGGGGUCCCCCUUUACAGUGGACCCCACCAGCGAACCUCUCCUUGGUGCCUCCAGUGGUGCGCGCUACUCACAAUAGUCUGAUUUGUGAAGACAAGACAGAAAUUAUGGCAGACACUAUGAUUUUCUCUACCGGUUAUAAAUAUAACUACCCAUUCUUGUUGACUGGCAGUGACACAACAACCAAACAGAAGAUAGACCAGAGAGAUAAUGUGGUGAGAAAAGAUGUAGAUGGACUUGAAGAACUAGGAUCUGGGAAAGGGUUUAAAGAAAAUGAAGAAAACCCUCAGGUAAAUGGAACUCUAAAUGUGAAAUCAGCCCUUCCUAGAGUGGACUUGUUGGAGGAUGAAGACAUUGUGGGAACUAAUGUGGAACAGGGUCACCUCUUUCCACUCUACAGGCACCUCAUUCAUGCUCACUACCCUACUCUGUGCUUCAUCGGAGCUGUUAAAAUCGUGAUCCCUUUCCCAUUGUUUCAUUGCCAGGCACAGUUUUUUCUUUCUGUACUGGAGGGUAAAUUCCAGUUGCCUCCUCCAGAGGAAAUGCUUUUAGAAUCCCGUGAAGAAGUCUUAAAAACCCAGAAUUCUGGGAUACCCUUAAAAUAUCUUCACCGUCUUGGAACAAACCAGUGGGAGUACAACCAGUGGCUUGCAGAUACAGCAGGUUUUGAACCAUUGUCCCCUGUGCUCAGCAAAAUGUACGAGGCCACCCGAAACUUCCGGAAUAUGGACCCUUCAUUAUAUCGAAGACUCAACUUCCGGAUCUUGAACAGAGAGGAGUUUGAGAUGAAGGGAGAGGUUCCACUUCCUUUGUUGAAUGCAUUAUGAAGUCAUUGCCUACUAGUUGGCAUGUUGUACUAAGUGCCUACUAAAUCACAGUAGUGCCUUAUGUUCUGAGGGUGAUAAAAUCACUAAAAUAAGCAGUGUUUAGUGUAUGUAAAAGAGCACAUAUUGAGGCAUACUGCUAUUGACUAGAAAGGCUUCAUCGGCAGUGAUAGACUGAAGCUUAAAACUUGAGGUACUUGGCUCUAUAGAUGCUAUUGUUCCAUGUGUAUUACUACUGCAACAUGGUCAACAAAUUAGUUGUGGCAAACCUGUCAGUGAUUUGCCUAGAGAUGCUGCUGCUUUAGUGACAGUCACACCUAUUAUGGUAUGGUCAAAAUUUAGAAUGGGAUAUACAGUAUAUCUUGAUUA